CUUCGGCUUAGCAGCAGCAUGUAUAAUCUGGCAGCGUAGCAGUCAAGAAGCAGCUGCAAUCAAUUCCUCUGAUUCCCACUCGGACCUCAGCUUGCGAGCACUACCUGUUCGAAGUGCAUCUGGGGGGAAACUGUGACUGGCAUCAUGAUGGAGUGGUGUUUGAGCGGCAUUAGGCUUCCGACUGCAUUCCAUGCUAAUGCUGCGCACAGUACUCGGCACCCAUGGGCAAGCUUUUCUGACGUUAUAUUCCAUCAUAUUUGUUGCUGCCCGUCUUUUCCUUGCCCUGGCAGAAUAUCACAGACAAUCUGGCCAUAGGCAUGUCUCACUCGCUUCCAGCCUUGGCCUUCGUUCUCGCUUUGCAGUCUUUUGAGGUUGCGGGCCACGCUGUAUACCUGCGAGAACCAACUUAUGUCUCCUCGCGAUGAACCAGACAGUGGUGAUAACAAUGACGAUGAUGAUGAUGGUACAUCCACUACAUCGCACACUACGACUAGUACAACCACCUCCAGUACGACUUCUACUAGUACGACCACUUCCAGUACGACCUCCUCCAGUACGACCACCUCCAGUACGACUUCCACCAGUACGAUCACCACAUCUACAUCUCAGUCGAGCUCCACAGCUACUACCUCAGGCACGCUAACCAGCUUCAGUUCGAGUUAUACCAGUUUCUCUAGCCCAUCCCAGAACAAUGGGUCUUCAACUACUAGUCAAGGACUUAGCACUGGAACACGCACUGGUCUAGCAUUUGGGAUAAUGUUUCUCUUAAUAUUCUGCGCAAUGCUAGUGUGUUACUUAAGGAAGCGAUCUCGUAGGGCUCGGGAGAGCGUCGGUUAUGAAGCUGCCCUUCUGUCCUCGGAAGUGGGUCAAUACCGUCCCCCCGACUCUGUGGCAUCGAGAGAGAGAGACCUUCCACCUCCACCUCAACUGGAUACCGCAUAUCUCAAUUCACCUGAUAUCUCGCACUCUUCGUCCUUGUCAGCAAUCUCAGGCGCCGCUCCCUUACUGAGCGAGAAUUCGCAUCUAAGUUCACACCUCACAUCUACUUGGAACCGCUACAGCAUAUCAUCGCAGGCAUCAGAUUCUCAGCAAAUAGCUACUCAGAAUGCGCCUAUUCUCCCAAACCCCUACGACCCAUUCUCAGCACCCGCCCGCUCUGCGUCAUACACAUCCACGGCUUCUUCUCCAACACAUUCGAUACCCCAUGGUAGUUUGAUUCCCGCUAGUGCUGCGAUGAUGGGCACUUUUGCUACACCUGUGGCCAGUAGUUCGAGCAACGUCCAGCCCGAGCGCCGGCUUUCCGCGCUUCACACAGAUAUGACCCUACAUCAGAAGCAACUUGAACUCGACCACAGGAAGCGGAGUCUUGAUGCUCAAGAAGUACAGGACCCUCCGCCGCAAUAUUCUUCCUGACUAUGAAUCAUGGACUGUAAUGCGAUGAUUGAACAGUUUCCCACUAUUUUUAACUGCUGUCAUAGAUACUUGUGUAUGGAC